AUGGCUUUGCUCCAGUACCCCGCGCCCGUCGACUACGCGGCCCAAUUGGAUGCUUUCAAGGACUUUCUCCAGCACUUCAAAACUUUCGAGUCCGCCUCCGAAUCGGCUGCAACAGAGGCACUUGAAGAUUUGCACAUCGACGGCGACCGGACUAGCGAUGAAUACGAUUUUAUGGACGAUGCCGAGGAGGGGGAGGGCGCGCAGAGACCAGGAGCUGGUCGCACACGCCGGGAACCGAAGUUGAAAUAUAUGCAAAUGUUGCAAGAUGUCGCGAACCGAGAACGGAUGAACGUCGUUAUCGAAUUGGACGACUUGAACACCUUUGAGAAAUCGCUUCCAGAGGAGACGGACUUGAAGCUUGUCGAGUCUGUUCAGAAAAACACGCAUCGCUAUAUCGAGAUCCUUUCGCAGGCGGUUGAUGCUAUCAUGCCCAGGGAAACCAAAGAAGUCACUUUCAAAGAUGAUGUGCUUGAUGUUAUUAUGUCCCAGCGUGAAAGACGGAAUGAGAACCUGGCCAUGGCCAUGGAAGCAGACAUGGAUACCGCAGCAGCUCCCUCGAUGUUCCCGCCUGAGCUGACUCGCCGAUACACUCUCAAUUUCAAGCCACUUACUCCUUCCGGCUCCAGCAACGAACGUGAUUCGAAGGCAUUGGCAGUCCGGAACGUGCGCGGAGAGCAUCUUGGUAGUCUCAUUACAGUUCGGGGUAUAACUACUCGUGUGUCCGAUGUCAAGCCCGCUGUCCAGAUCAACGCCUACACCUGUGACCGAUGCGGUUGUGAAGUCUUCCAGCCCGUCACAACGAAACAGUUUCUUCCCAUGACAGAAUGUAUGUCAGAUGAAUGCACGCAGAACAACUCCAAGGGUCAACUGUUCCUCUCCACCCGUGCUUCGAAGUUCGUUCCGUUCCAAGAAGUGAAGAUCCAGGAAAUGGCCGACCAGGUUCCCGUCGGUCACAUCCCGCGAACAUUAACCGUACACUGCCACGGAAGCUUGACCCGCCAGCUGAACCCCGGUGACAUCGUCGAUGUGGCAGGCAUUUUCCUUCCCACUCCUUACACGGGCUUCAGAGCCAUCCGCGCUGGUCUUCUGACUGAUACCUACUUGGAGGCCCAGUACAUUACCCAACAUAAGGAAUCCUAUAAUGAACUGCAAAUGGACAGCCGGACGCUUCGCAAGAUCGAAAAGUAUCAGAACUCUGGCAACAUGUACGAGUAUCUGGCUCGGUCCAUUGCCCCUGAGAUUUAUGGUCACAUCGACGUGAAGAAGGCCCUACUUUUGCUUCUUAUUGGUGGUGUUACCAAGGAAAUGGGUGACGGCAUGCACAUCCGUGGAGACAUCAACAUCUGUCUUAUGGGUGACCCUGGUGUUGCUAAAUCUCAGUUGAUGAAGUACAUUGCCAAGGUUGCUCCUCGUGGUGUAUACACAACCGGUCGCGGAAGCAGCGGUGUCGGUCUCACGGCAGCAGUCAUGAGAGAUCCCGUGACUGACGAGAUGGUCCUGGAAGGAGGUGCUCUGGUUUUGGCUGACAAUGGCAUCUGCUGCAUUGAUGAAUUCGACAAGAUGGAAGACGCAGACCGGACCGCCAUUCACGAAGUUAUGGAACAGCAAACCAUCUCCAUCUCCAAGGCAGGAAUCACAACCACCCUAAACGCACGAACAUCUAUCCUGGCGGCCGCCAACCCUCUGUACGGCCGAUACAACCCCCGCGUCUCUCCCGUCGAGAACAUCAACCUCCCCGCCGCCCUCUUGUCUCGUUUCGAUGUCAUGUUCCUCAUCCUCGACACUCCCUCGCGCGACGCAGACGAAGAACUGGCACACCACGUCACCUACGUCCACAUGCACAACAAGCAUCCCGAGACCGACGACCAGGCUGUCGUCUUCACUCCCCACGAGGUCCGCCAGUACAUCGCCAAGGCACGGACCUACAGACCCGUCGUUCCUCAAUCCGUUUCAGACUACAUGGUCGGUGCCUACGUGCGAAUGCGAAAGGACCAGAAGCGCGACGAAGCCACCAAAAAGCAGUUCUCCCACGUCACCCCCCGUACACUGCUCGGUGUCGUCCGUCUGUCUCAGGCCUUGGCGCGUCUUCGCUUCAGCGAGAUUGUUGCCCCGGAGGAUGUCGACGAGGCUCUUCGCCUUAUUGAGGUCAGCAAGGCCUCGCUGUCCAACGACGGACAGAUGGGCGUGGACCAGAGCCCUACCAGCAAGAUCUACACUCUCAUCCGCAGCAUGUGGGAGAGCGGUGCUGCGGCGGUUGGAGAUGACGAGAGCGGUGCUCUCAGUAUGAGACGGAUCCGUGAGCGGGUGCUGGCCAAAGGCUUCACAGAAGACCAGCUCACGAUGGCGAUUGAUGAAUACGCCAACGUUGAUGUCUGGCAAGUUAUUGCUAACGGCACUCGCCUUGUCUUUAUCGGAGCUGAGGAUGAUGUUAUGGAGGAUAUGUAA